AUGGCAAAUGAAUAUAAUAGUGAAGGUCGUUUACCUAUUCAUGAAGCAGCUUUUCGUGAUUAUGAUACUGCUAUUGAACGAAUAUUAGCUAAUCUAGAUUCAAAAGGUGGACAUAGAAAUCAUGAGAAUGAUGAAAAUAGAUCAGAAGACGAAAAAGAACGACUCAGUCUUGCUCAUAGAGCACGUAUUCUAGAAAUGGUUGAAACAAUAACAUAUGAUUAUUUUCGUUUAACACCAUUAUUAGCUGCAACAAUUGGUAAUGCACGUCGUACUAUUGAAUGUUUAAUAAAACAUGGGGCUAAAGUGACCUGUCGUGAUGGUGAUAAUCGUUCUAUGGCUUCAAUAGCUGUUUUAAAACAGAAUGCUGAUUUAUUUCUAUAUUUUGCAGAAGCACCAUAUGCUAAUGAACUCGAUUUAUGGAAUACAUUGAUGACUAUGUUUCUAUCUAAAACAUAUGAUGAUUCAUCAGCUGCAGGUCAUUUACUUGAACAAUUGACAUCACCUCAAUAUAUUAAUUCUGUAUGGUCAUAUAUAUCUAAUUUACAUCUUAUUGAAAAAACUAUUCAAGUUCUUAUACAAACUGUUAAUAAUACAAAUAAUUCAAAUGAACAAUUAUUAACAAGUUGUUUAAUUAUAUUUUAUAAUAUUAUGUAUGUUGAUCCAAAUUUUCGAACAAUAUUUAGUCAAAAUGAAGAAGGUGCACGUGCAUUUGUUAAAAUGCAUAAAACAAAUGAUAUUAUUUUAGUACUUUUUUCACAUAUUGUAUGUCAAUUAUGUGAUGAUACACGUUGUAUUCAAGCAUGUGUUAAUCAAAAUCUUAUUGGUGAAAUACAAAGAUUAUUAGAUAUAGAUACAAUGAAUAUUCCUAUAAAACAAAUAUGUCUUUUUUUUGAUAUUCUUGGUAAAAUUGCACAUUAUAAAAGAGAUUAUCAAACAUUAAUACAACAUUCAUCAUCAGUUAAACGAACAAUUCUUGAGCUAGCUAUUGAUUUACUUGAACGAUUUGAUCGUGAUUUAACAAUAUCAAUUUUACGUUUUAUUCGAGAUUUAUGUUUAGAAAAUGAAGAACAACAACAGAUAUGUGCUGAUAAUCAUUUAUUGAUUGCACAUUUAUUAAGUGGACUUAAUUCAACAUAUAAAGAUGUACAACGUUCAAGUGUUGAUACACUUCAAAUGAUUAUUAUACAUAAUACUAGCUCACAAUUCACAAUUUUACAACAAGGUGGUGCUGAACAACUUCUUACAUUAUUAAAUAAAGUAACAUUACCAAAAUUACGUAUUUCUAUUAUAUGCACACUUUGGUCAUUGACUGGACGUGAACCUAGUCGAAGACAAACAAUGGCAUAUUCUAUUGGAGUGUCUACUUUAGUAGAAGUUUUAAAUGUAAAAUCAAGUGAUCAAUUGUAUAUUGUGCUUGAUGCUAUCAGUGAACUUCUUCGACGAGUACCAACUGAAAAUGAAAAUAUUCCUCUCAAAUUUGGACGUCGACAUUGUAUACCACCAAUGGUUCGACUAUUAUCAGUUGAUCAUGAAGUAAAACUACUUCUUAAAUGUUUACAAUGUAUUCAACAAUUGUGUCUUCUACCAACAUAUCGUCCAUGUCGAAUAAAUCAAACAAUAUUUCAAAAAGCUAAUGGAUUUAAUCAACUAUUAAUAUUAAUUCGUCGAGCAAAUAAAGAUAAACUUCUUCAAGCUAAAGCAAUAACAACUGUUGCUUAUACAAUUUUUGAUCAUAAAGAAAAUAAAGAAAUAUUAACAAAACCAGUUAUUCAACAAUUAUUUAAACGUAUUUCAUUAUUACUUCAUCCUGUUGAUGAAGAAGUUCAAAUUAGAGCUGGUCUUGGAUUGGUUACUUUUAUUUGUAAUGAUGUUAAUUAUUAUAAUUAUUGUGCAGAAAAUAUUACACUUAAUCAUGAACAUUUUCGACUUUUAUUAACAUCCAAUCAACUUUCUAUUCGUUCUUUUGCAGCAUUUCAAAUGAUUAUGUUAAUUCGUCUCUUUCCUGAUAUAAUUGCUUCAGAAUGGAUAAGUCAAGCAUUAAUGACUUUAUUUCGAAUUAUUGGUGAUCCUCAUAUUGAUGAUGAAGAAAAACUUGUACCAACAGAUAUUAUUGGACGAUUAGCACGUCUACCGACAGGUGUUUGUGAAGCAAUUAUUGCAAGUGAUGGUCUUGAACAUCUUAUUACAUUAUUAAAUAGUUCACAUAGUCUUUUACCUAGCUUUGCAGCUGUAACAAUUGAUUGUCUUGUUCGAAAUUCACCUGAAGGACAACGAAGAUUAUUAAAACAAUGUCGUAUGUACAUGAAAUAUCUUGAUAUUUUAAGAACAUAUACUACUAAACCAUCACCAUUAAGAACAAGAAUUGAUGAAUUAUAUUCAUCGGUUCAUCAUGAACCAGUAUAUUUUCCUCCAAUUCGACCAACAUAA